AUGCCGAAUGUUCAACCAAAUGAGCCACCAGAUGUUGCUUCCGAGCCGCAGGUCGUUGCUGUUUUUGAGCCGCUGGUUAUCGCCGCUUCCGAGCCACCCGUCGACCUUGUUAAGGAACCACCUGUUGUCCCCAUGACCGAGCCUUCAAUGCAAGAUCCGUAUACUGCAGCCGAAGAGGCUAGCCCAUCCGAGCCACCUCCAAGCAAUCCUUUGGCUUCGGGUUACGGGUCAGCCACUUGGCUUUCUGUUCUGGCAAUCCAAUGGGAGGAAACUACUCAAAAACUGGAUGCAAUAUUGAAGAAGACUCCCAUGCCGGUCACUACUUCUGUUGCUGCCACUUUUGCUCCUGCUCCUCAUGCUCCUGUUGAUGCAUCAACUGUUACUGCCACUACUAUCAUGCCUGCUGCCCAUGUUCCUGUUACUGCUCCUGCUGUCCAAAGCUCCAUGGAAGUAGAUGCGGCCCCUGCUUGCCUAUAG